AUGGCUCCCGAUGCCGACGUCUUCUUCCCGCUGCAAGAGCCACAGCCUUUUGUGGCGCCACCUCGCAGUGGCUGGCUUGAGGCCCUUUACAAGAUUCUGCCCAUCGUCGAGUGGCUCCCAGCGUAUAGCUGGCAAGAGCAUGGGAUCAAGGACCUUUCAGGCGGCAUCACGCUGGGAUGCAUCCUGGUAGCGCAGUCCCUGGCGCAUGCGGACCUUUGCAAGGUGCAGCUCAUCCACGGCCCCUACAGCUGCAUCAUGCCGCCCAUCCUCUACUCCCUCUUCGGCACUUGCGUCCACUCUUCCGUAGGGACUGGUGGCCUCAUCUCCUUGCUCACAGGGGAGCAGCUCGAUCACUAUGGGGACCUGGAGCAGCGAACGCAUGCAGGCGCCAUUUUCACGCUGCUGGUGGGGAUCGUCAUCACGCUCAUGGGCGUCUUCCGUUUAGCCUUCCUGGUGCGAUUCCUUUCCCGACCAGCGCUGAGUGGGUUCAUCACUGCCAGCGCCAUCCUCAUCAUGGCCUCGCAAAUAAAGCCGAUGCUGGGGCUUCCGAAAUCCGACACUGGUGGCAUCUUUGCGAUAGUUUGGUCGCAUCCUCGUGACCUGCAAGAUGUACGCUUGGCCACAGUUGCGAUGAGCCUUUGCGCACUGGCGUACCUGACUGCAAUCAAAUCACUGAAGUCUGUGCAUUGGAUUCUGAAACUACUUGGCGACUUCAAGGAGCUGACUUUGCUGGCGUUCUCUGCAAUUUUCGCUACAAGGUUCGCUCAAGACUUUGGCAUCUCAGUGGUUGGUGAUGUCCCAGCCGGCCUGCCCAGCAGCUCCUGGCCGCUCCGCACGUCGGAGGACCUGGCGCUGGCGCAGGAAAUGCUCCCAGGGGCGACAAUGGUUGCCCUGGUCACCUUCCUCUCCUCAUUUGCGGGAGCCAAGAAGUUCGCGAUGCAAGCUGGGUACCAGGUCAUCGCCAUCAACGAGCUUCUGGCCUUGGGCUUCGCCAACCUCGGCGGGGCGCUCUACGGGGCGGUGCCGACGCAGAUUGGCUUGAGCCGCAUGGGCAUCGCCUACUCCACAGGGGUCAUGAGCCAGCUGGGUGCCAAUGUUUGGGUGGCAGUGGUCGUGGCGUUGGUUCUGAAGCUCUUCAGCUCCUACUUGCACCUCGUAUGUCCGCCUCCUGCUGAGGCGUUUCGCAGUUGA